UCCAUUCGAAAGUUCCCAGGAGAAAAUGUUUUCUUCUCUCUGUUUUGAUAAUAGUUCGAAAAGUCAAAAACCAUUAUUUAAGAAAGGAAAAUUCCCCAUGGAGGAGGUGCUAAGGUGGCAGCCGAUGCUUAUUCAGCAGUGUCCUUGGAAACUCAAUGCUACAGCGGUUAUGCAAUAUAGGGAAGAGCUAGGUCAGUGUUGCAAUGCUUCUCACCUGCUGGUGCUAACCAAGGAAAACACACCGCUGCGAUCCAUCAUCCAUUUCGAUGGUGACAAACAUAUGAAUAUCACUGUGGAUGCCAACCUGAGAAAUAUGCUACUGAAGAGAUUUCCAUUGGCAGGGACCCGGUAUAGGAAAUGUGCUGUCGUUGGCAAUGGUGGUAUCCUACAAGGAAGCAGGUGUGGACAAAAAAUUGACCAAGCUGAUUUUAUCAUCAGGUUUAAUCUGCCUCCGUUGAAGAGAACUAAAGACGUGGGAACCAAGACUCACUUAGUGACCAUCAACCCCAGCAUUUUUAGCAAUAGAUUCAACGACUUGGUGGGUCCUCCGGCGGCUUUUAUCAACGUUCUCCGGGCCUACCAAAAUGCCUUUAUUCUCAUUCCUGCGCUAUCGUUUAAUUAUCAUCUCAAAGUCAGCUACCGUGCUGUAAACAUCCUGAAGGAUUUUGGCCAGGCCCAUCGGGUCUUCUUCCUCCACCCGCGCUACCUGGGUGCCCUCGAUAAGUAUUGGAGACAGAAAGGGGUGACGGAAAUACGCCUGUCCACUGGCUUUAUGUUCACCAGUUUUGCUCUGGAGUUCUGUGAUCACAUCACUCUCUAUGGCUUCUGGCCCUUUUUAUAUGACCUCAGUGGGAAACGCAUCAAUCAUCACUACUUUGACAAUGUGUUGCCACAUCCUUUGAUUCAUACCAUGUCCGAAGAGUUCUCCCGCUAUCUCAAUAUGUCUGACCAGGGUGUCUUGCGCAUACAGCUUGGCAAAUGCCAGUGAGAUUUGGAUGGGUAAGACAGUCCCUAACUCGAGAAUAAAUCGCCCCCAAAAAAAGAACAGAUGGUUUGCGGUUCCCAGCAAAACAUGAACGUGACAACGUGGCAUUUGUACCCGCUGAGGAAAACAAGAUUCUACCAGGAUCCUUCCAAAAACAGGAUUUUCCCACACGUUCUCUUCUAGCAAUAACAACAGCUUUUGGUAUUCCUACUCGUCUAACGGUCAGAAAUAGCAGGCUUCUCACAACCUGGGCAAUGAGGGACGAAAUAAGGGGAACAUGCAAUUAUUGGAUUUGUAAAAAUAAAUAAAAAGAAGCUGUUUUACAAGUAAUGGGCCAAAACGGAGUCUUUUUCAAAAGUUCUUAGUUGAGAAACCAAGUGGGUUUUUAUGGA